AAUUUAUUCCAUCACCCCAAACGCCUUAUCCAAACCCAGGUGGUUCUCAUCUCUGAUGUCUGAAGAGAAAGACCACCAUGGUUUUGGUCAGGACAUAACCAAGCUUUGUCCUCCUCUCUAUCUCCAGAAAGUCUCUCUCUCUAAAACUCAAUAAGAUGUUAUCCGUGGCAUUUCAGUGUGGUUUCAGUAAUGUGUUCACAUAUUCUUCAUUGCCUUGUCAGACCCCUAGUUGCAAAACAUUCAAAGCCACAUUUUCCACCAAUCCCAAACCAAAUCUAAUACAUUCUUCAACAUUUCUUGACCAGAAAAGGAAACGCGUUUCAAGAAACCAAAGAUACACAACUUUCGCCGCCCCAGAAGCUCUCACAGUUGAAACACCCACUGACACUCCCCCUUCCACUGAAACAGAAGAAUCCAUCCCCACCAAAGAAACCGAGAAAGCUGAGGUGUUAGUAAAACAAGUGGAGAAACCAAGGUUGGUGUUGAAGUUUAUAUGGAUGGAGAAGAAUAUUGGACUGGCUCUUGAUCAGGUGAUACCUGGACAUGGCACUGUCCCGUUGAGUCCUUAUUUCUUUUGGCCAAGGAAGGAUGCAUGGGAAGAGCUUAAAGCCGCUCUAGAGAGUAAGCCAUGGAUAUCCCAGAAGAAGAUGAUCAUACUUCUCAAUCAGGCCACUGAUAUCAUCAAUUUGUGGCAGCAAAGUGGUGGCAAUCUUACCACACAAUGAAAUUGAUGGUUAGUUUUUUUGGGGCGUGGAAUUGGGGUUUGUUUUGCAGUGUGUUACUGUGCUUAGGCUGUAGCUUGCUUGCAUCCUUUUGUAUCUUUCUGGUAUAAUUGAAAGUAGAAUUAUGUCCAUGGUCGUGUAAUCAUAUUGUUUUAACUUUGUGAAGGUUUAAUGAUACUUCAAUUCUCAA